GUUGUCCGACUCACUUGGUGAACUCACAUAAAGUAGCUGAUUGCUGAGUAGCUAUUAUAGUAUACAGUUGGUACACUAAUUAUAUUUACCAAUUAACUUUUUAUAAAUAAUUGCCAUUCCACACUGGUGAACAUGAAGGUGCUAUUGCUGCUUACAGCCCUUUUUGUGGGACACCAAUGCGUUUCCUUCUUUGAUUUGGUCCAAGAAGAAUGGGGAACUUUCAAGUUGACCCACAAAAAACAAUAUGAAAGCGAGACGGAAGAACGCUUCCGUAUGAAAAUCUUCAUGGAGAACUCGCAUAAGAUAGCCAAACACAACAAACUGUACGCCAUGGGACUCGUUUCCUACAAACUAGGAGUGAACAAGUAUGCUGACAUGCUGCACCAUGAAUUCGUCCAAGCUGUGAACGGAUACAACAAGACAAAGAACGUUUUGAGCGGAAUAGAAAUGGACGAUGCCAUCACUUUCAUUCCUCCUGCUAAUGUGAAAAUGCCAGAAGAGGUAGACUGGAGGACCAAGGGAGCCGUGACUGGGGUCAAAGAUCAAGGUCAUUGCGGUUCCUGCUGGAGUUUCAGCGCUACUGGAUCCCUGGAAGGCCAAAAUUUCCGCAAAACAGGCAGACUGGUCUCCUUGUCCGAACAAAAUUUGGUCGAUUGCUCCACCAAAUAUGGCAACAACGGCUGCAAUGGCGGUCUCAUGGACAACGCUUUCCGUUACAUCAGGGACAACAAGGGCAUCGAUACGGAGGCCUCGUACCCGUACAAGGCCGAAGACGAGAAGUGCCACUACCGGCCGCAGAGCAGGGGCGCCGUCGACAGGGGCUUCGUCGACGUCGAGUCGGGCAACGAAAACCAUUUGAAGGCGGCCGUCGCGACGGUGGGACCAGUCUCGGUCGCGAUCGACGCCAGCCACGAGACGUUCCAGCUGUACUCGGAAGGUGUGUACUCCGACCCAGAAUGCAGCUCCGCCGAGCUUGACCAUGGAGUCCUGGUAGUAGGCUAUGGUACCGACGAGAACGGCAACGACUAUUGGCUGGUGAAGAACUCGUGGGGGCCCAGCUGGGGCGCGCAGGGCUACAUCAAGAUGGCCAGGAACAAGGAGAACAUGUGCGGUAUUGCUACCCAGGCUAGCUAUCCUCUAGUUUGAUCACAGCGAGUUUCGUUUGGUUUUUUAGGUUAGGUGAUUUGUUUAGCGAUUUUUUUCUCGAUCAAAGUUGCUGCAAGUUUGACAAAUAGGAACAACGUCUUACAUGGUUUGUUUGGAUUGGAAAGUUGAGACUUCAGCUUCAGAGUGGUUUCAUAAUUAUUCAAAAGGAUGAAAGAAAGCUCAAAGUCGUCUCCACAGUUUUAAUGAUCUAACAAUUUGUUAAGGGGUCAUGCUUCCGACUUAGAAAAAGUCAAUUUUCAGCCCAAGUUAGAGGUUAAUGGAGGUGAAAAUAAUCCAAAAGUGAAUGUUGGUGCCAAUCAAUGCCCAUCAUAGAUUUCAUAAUUAUUCUCUAUCCUUGAAAAAAUAUGUCAUUCUCUUUGAUCAAACAUCAGCUAAGCUUGAAGAGGAUGUUCUCUUAUGGGGUCCAGCGUCCCAAAAUGUCACAAAAACACUCCGCAAAAUACAAUUGAACAAACCUGAUGGGAAGUAAUUUUAUCUGUCAAACUUGCACCAAACCUAUGUAGGUUAGAUUAUUCAUUCAACCUUAUUUUCUAUCGAUCAAAGUAGCUCUCUUUUUAUGAUUUUUUCUCUUUACCAGUCUCUCUGAGUGUAUCUCGAAUAGUUAGUUAGGUUAGGGUAGUAAUUCUGUAGACUUGAAUCGUGUGAUUUUAGGGUUUAUAAUGUUUUUAUGAUAGGCUGUGUCCCUGUUAAUAAACUGCGUC